AUGAGCGUAGAUGCAUUAGGAAAAUUAUGUGAGUUACUUAAAGUUCAGGGUGGUUUAAGCGAUGAAUGUCAUGUAAAUAUACCUGAGCAAGUGAUUAUAUUUUUAAUAAUUUUAGCUCAUCAUAAAAAGAAUCGCACACUCCAAGUUAGAUUUUAUAGGUCAGGAGAAACAAUAAGUAAGUAUUUUAAUAAAGUUUUGUCGUCGGUAUUACGCGUUCAAAGCCUGUUGUUUGCAAAGCCUGUUCCUGUUCCAGAUGACUGCAUAGAUCCCCGAUGGAAAUGGUUCAAGAAUUGUCUAGGAGCAUUAGAUGGAACAUAUAUAGAUGUGACUGUCCCUGAAGAAGAUAAAUCAAGAUACAGAACAAGAAAAGGUAAAAUAUCAACCAACGUCCUAGGCGUAUGCAAUCGAGAUAUGAAUUUUGUGUACGUACUUAGUGGAUGGGAAGGAUCCGCAUCGGAUUCAAGAGUCCUUAGAGAUGCAAUUUCACGUCAUAAUAACCUCAAGAUACCAAUUGGGAAUUAUUAUUUAGUGGAUGCUGGUUAUACUAAUUGCAAGGGGUUUCUAGCACCAUAUAGGCAUACUCGAUACCACGUACAAGAAUGGGCUUAUGGUAGAAAUGCGCCUAAAAAUUUUCGAGAAUAUUUUAAUAAGAAGCACUCUUCAGCUAGGAACAUUAUUGAGCGUUGUUUUGGUUUAUUGAAGAAGAGAUGGGCAAUUUUGAGGAGUCCUUGUUUCUACCAAAUCAAGACACAAAAUAGAAUAAUUAUUGCUUGUUGUUUAUUACAAAAUUUUAUUCGGCUUAAUAUGGACUCCGAUCCUGAGGAGGACAUGUCACUUGAGAAUGAGCAAGUGCUUAUUAGAGAGGAGCAUGGUGAUAACCAAGAUAGCGACGAUGAAAUUAUUGAUAGUGUAGAGGGCAGCAAUGAAUGGACUGGAGAAAUGGACAGACAUGUUUGGACUGAUGAAGAGACAGAGGUAUUUGUUGGUUUUAUGGAGGAGCUUGUCAUAGAAGGAAGAAUAGCUGAUGCAGGUCAAUUUAGGCCCGGAUCUUUUGAGAAACUUGCUGCAAAAAUGAAUGAGAGGUUUCCAGGUAGUGGUUUUCAAAUAACUCAUUGCAAAAACAAGGUUAAGAGGUUGAAAGAGAAAUAUCAAUUUGCUGCUGACAUGGCAGCCUGUAGCGGUUUUGGAUGGGAUGAUGUGAAGCAAUGUGUGGUUGUGGACAAUAAAGAGAUCCUAGCUGCUUAUAUGAAGAAACAAGGAGUAAGGUUGUAUACUCCAGGAAAGCCUUUUCCCCUUUAUACGCGUUUAGAAAAAAUAUUUUGUAAGGAAAGAGCAAAUGGGGAUGCUGCUGUAUGCGGCAAUGACGCUGAAGAAGAAGUGCAAAUGAAUGGGUCUGAAGAAAUGGAUGAAGAAGAUACGGAUAUCUUUAACUCAAACCAUGAUUGCAGUGAAUCUCUACUCCAACAACCAAAUUCUGUGGCUUCAUCUUCUGGGAAGAAACAAGGAAAGAAGCCUUCCUCAUUUAAAGCGGCAAAAGAUACCAAGAUGAUGAAGGAGUUAACUGACACGUUGAAAUAUGUGUUCGAUCAACAGGGAAAGCGUUUGGAUGCUUUUGCCCAAGCUAUGGUAAACACUCGUGAGGAAAAAAAGGCUGGUGAUAUACUUAGCGAACUUGGAUUCACUGAUGAUGAAGUUAUUUUUAUUGCACUCAAGUUCUCCACAAAUCCUCAACUGGAAAAAAUGUUUUGGUCAUUGGGAAAUAGUCAGAAAGCCGGAUUUAUUAGAGCUAUAUUGCAUACUUAG